AUGCAGUUUGAAGAGCGAUUACAGCAAUUAGUAGCUAGUGACUGGGGCCUGGAACAGCCGGGCGCGGGCGUGCUGGUGAUAGUCUUGGGGGAUGCCGCCAGAAAAUACGUGGAGUCCGGGAAGCUGCUCCACCACGUGACUGCGAACACGGUCGCAAGUCACGUGGCAAGCCGCGAGCGGGUAGCCGUCGUGUUUUUGGGCCGGGUAAAGUAUUUGUAUAUGUAUCUCACCCGGAUGCAAGCGCAGGCACGUGCUCCAAAAUACUCGAAAGUACUCGUAUACGGGCUGUGGGAUCUCACUGCGACACAAGACGGCCCACAACAGGUGCGACUACUCAACCUAGUGCUACUUCAGUGCCUCAGCUUGCCUUCGCAGGUCGAAUUCUAUCCAGAACCGCCCGCCACAAGCGUUGCUGCUCGACUGCUUCGGUACUGGGAACACGUUAUUGGGCAGCGGUGA